UCCAUCUUUUUCUCUGUUAUACUCUGUUUCUUGAAGAUGGAGAUUAAUGGAGAGAAUCAUAAUUACUGUCUAUUAUUGGCAACAAGAGACUCUGAUUAUGUGAAGAAAGCAUAUGGUGGUUACUUUGAUGUAUUUCUUGAAGCAUUUGCAGAAGAAGAAGAAGAAUGGGACAUGUUUAGGGUUGUAGAUGGAGAGUUUCCUGACAUGAAUGAGCUUCACAAGUAUCAUGGUUUUGUCAUCAGUGGUAGCUAUUGUGAUGCUUUUGGUGAUGAUUUGUGGAUCUUGAAGCUUUGCUUUCUGUUGCAGACAUUGAAUGCUAUGGAGAAGAAGGUGCUUGGGAUAUGUUUUGGUCACCAGGUAUUGUGCAGAGCAUUGGGUGGUAAGAUUGGGAGAGCUUAUGGUGGAUGGGACAUUGGGUUGAGGGAAGUCAGGAUAAUAGAGAACCUUCCUCCUUCUGCUAGCACCUUCUUUCAUGGCUUCAAGGAAAUCCCACCUACCCUUAAAGUCAUUGAGUGUCAUCGGGAUGAGGUGUGGGAGGUCCCAGUGGGUGCUGAUGUGAUUGCUUCUUCAGAUCAGACUAGAGUAGAGAUGUUCACACUGGGAAACAACAUACUAGGGAUUCAAGGCCACCCUGAAUACACCAAAGACAUCUUAUAUUAUCUCAUAGAUUGUCACACUAAUUACAAUUAUAUAGAGAAAGGGUUUUCUAAGAAUGCAAAAUCAAGAUUGGAGAUGGCUGAACCAGAUAGGAAGUCUUGGGAGAAGAUCUGCAAGAGCUUUCUGAAAGGAAGAUAGCUUCUUUAACCUUUUUUUUUUUUUUUUUUAAA